ACACCGUAGUGAAUGCAUGAGCCGGCAGGGAUCAUGUUGAAGGUGACGGGUAGCGCCAUGCCGGGAGCUGAGAGUUUGUUGCCGAGCCCCGUGUUCGCUGCUGCUCCUGCCGGUGACGGAGAGACAGAGACCACCGCUCCUCUGCUCCGGGACGAGCUGACUAUGUACAGCGCUCCUCCGCAGCAGAAGUCUCCGUACGAGGAGCCUCCUGAAGCGGGUCAGCUGGAGCAGAGAGUCGCCACCAUCAGGAAGUUAACGGAGCCAUACACGGGCUGGUGUCGGGGCACCUAUGAGCAAAUUAAACCCAAAGUUCAAAGUGCUGUCAAGUUUGGGAGUGACUCCUACGCCUACUUGAAGAACCCGCCGAAGGACUUCUAUCCCCGGGCGGGAGUCAUCGGCUUCACCGGUAUCUUGGGGCUGUUUCUUGCCAGAGGCUCCCGGGCGAAAAGGCUAAUCUACCCCGUGGGCCUGAUGACCGUGAGCGCCUCCCUCUACUACCCGGAGCAGGCUGCGACCAUCAUGAAGUCGACCGGCGACUCCGUGUACGACCGAGCGGUGCAGAGCUACGCUGCCCUGGAGAGGAUGGUGAAGCCUCAGAGCAAAGCCGAGAAAGGCACCGACUCAGAUAUCAAACCCUGAGGACACCAGUGUGACUCUGCAACAGCUUAGCAAUGGCAAAUCUGAUUUUUGUGUGAACCAGCAGACAUUUGCUACCCACACAGGCUGUAAUCGUAUCUGUGUGACUUCCUCAUGCCCACUUUCUUGCACUAAGCUUCACAUGUACCUCAAGCCGGGCAUGGCCUGUCACAAUGUGAAGGAUUUAACUAUGCUUCUGAUUUGAAUGUAUAUUUAUGUAGAGAAUUAAUAAAAAAAAUAAUCAACUG